AUGGGCCAUGUAGAAAAAUCUGACCACAACAUAAACAUAAACAAGGACCUUAAAGACAUGUGGAAUAAAUUGCUCACACAGGGGGCGGGCGAGACAACACCAGAAGACCAGCACAGCAGUACAGACCACUUCAGCAAAGUUCCACUCCGAAGUCACAGCAGCACCAUCAGCAACAACGACAACAUCAGCAACAACGACAACAUCAGCAACAACGGCAACAUCAGCAACAACGGCAACAGUUGCGCUCCU